GUGUAGCACCAAUCCCCCGAAGAGGCUGCAAGUGAGAAGAACAGUUGACAGCGAAGAACCUCCUUCUAAAGAUAAGGAUGGCAGAAAAGUGGGGAGAACCAGUGUUUGCUGCGAGGCGACACUAUGACCAGACAACACGAGACUCUAUGUUUACUUACACAGACAGCAAUAAUACCAGAGGUCCUUUUGAGGGUCCUAAUUACCACAUUGCUCCUCGAUGGGUUUACAACCUUGCAACACUCUGGAUGUGUUUUGUGGUUGUUGCAUCAACCUUCACCAACGGUCUGGUCUUGGUCGCCACAGCAAAAUUCAAGAAACUCCGCCACCCUCUGAAUUGGAUCUUGGUCAAUCUUGCAGUUGCUGAUCUUAUAGAGACACUUUUUGCCAGCACCAUCAGCGUAUGCAACCAGUUUUUUGGUUACUUUAUUCUGGGACACCCCAUGUGCAUGUUUGAAGGUUUUAUUGUCGCAACUAGUGGUAUUGCGGCUCUCUGGUCUCUGGUUGUCAUCUCAUGGGAGAGGUGGAUCGUUGUGUGCAAACCCUUUGGAAACACAAAGUUUGAUGCUAAAUUGGCUAUAGCUGGUAUUGUCUUCUCUUGGGUCUGGUCAGCAGCGUGGAUGGCUUGUCCCCUCUUUGGUUGGAGCAGAUAUUGGCCUCAUGGACUGAAAACUUCCUGUGGGCCUGAUGUAUUCAGUGGAAAUGACGAUCCUGGAUGCCGGUCCUUCAUGGUUUGCCUUAUGAUCUCAUGCUGUAUUAUUCCCCUUGGAAUCAUCAUUGUGUGCUAUCUUGCCGUCUGGUGGGCUAUUCAUUCAGUUGCCAUGCAACAGAAGGAAUCAGAAUCAACCCAGAAAGCUGAGAGAGAAGUAUCCAGGAUGGUCCUUGUCAUGAUUUUCGCAUACUGUUUCUGCUGGGGACCUUACACCUUUUUUGUCUGCUGGGGUACGGCUUACCCUGGGUAUUCAUUCCAUCCUCUGAUGGCUGCCUUGCCUGCGUACUUUGCCAAGAGCGCCACCAUCUACAACCCAAUCAUCUAUGUAUUCAUGAACAGACAGUUUCGCUCAUGCAUCAUGCAGCUCUUUGGCAAACAAGUGGAUGAUGGCUCUGAAGUAUCUUCAACAUCAAAGACAGAAGUUUCCUCUGUGGCUCCUGCAUAAACCUUUGUGUUCUUUGUUUUCGAAACAAACUACUAUGACUUGUACAGAAAAGAUUUAUUGGUUCAUUUAUCUCUCUCUUUUUAGUAAAUAGCUUUCUGGCAAAUUGAAAAUCCAAAAAAUAUAAACAUGAAGCAAAUGAA